AUGGUUGAAACAACAAAAUUUAACAAAUCAAAUUUAUAAAUUUAUGUUCUAAAGGAUUUCAAGCCGUAUAAGAUGAACCUUAUUCGUUUAUCGCACAAUACAAUUAAACUAGCUGGCACGCACGUUUCCCGCCACCUACGCCCCUAAACUAUUUUAAUUUAGUUCACCCUCCCCCCACUCGAGGAAACCACCUGAUGGUUGUUUGCUACGUUUCUCCCUGAAACGCACGUUGGCCUUUAUAAAAAACAAACUGCGGGCAAAUAGCCAGCCUUCAACAUUUUUCCCAAUCGAUUGCACUGCUUUUGUUUUGCUGGCAUUAAACAGGGGCAACCUUUGAUCGAGCUCGUCCUACAACGUAGUUCUAGCCAUUGUUUCACAUAAUGGCAGACCAGGAUCUGUUUAUUGUGGCCAAGAGGAUGCAGUUCAGUUCGCGCUACUGCGAGAACCACAUUCGGCGAAUUGCUUUGAAUUUCGGCCUCUCACCAACGGCCGCGGCCAAACUUCAAUACAUCACAGACCUUCCUUUACCCUUGCUUUUGAAGGUUGUGAAAUACUUAAUGACUAAUGAGUGCACGAGUCUGAUUCGGGAGGAAAUGAACAUGAAAAUCUUGAUGUGCCCUGCUCUGGAGCUCUACUUGGCGCUUGGUCUCAAGGUCAUCGACUUGACCGCCUUUUUGUCUUUCUGUCCGAUUCGGCUGAAAUACCAAUAUUUAAAAUCGGCAGUGAUUGGGAUUUCGCAGUUUACUCCCAACAUAGAAGAGCUUUUGGUGUCGAGCAAAACCCCUCGGUUCUACAGAAAAUUCGAUUCGAUCGUGGAUGCUGAGAUGUUGAAGGCGCUGUACCAGCUGACAAAUCUGCGGGUCCUUCAGCUGGAUGAAUGGUGCUGCUUCGAAAUAAAAGACGUUUUCCAACUGUGCGAAAAUCUGCCAGGCCUUCAAAUCCUCAGUAUCAACUUCCCAGACAGCUUUGACGACUUCGACGAUUUUUAUUUUGAUCGUGUCGCAUGUGCGGCAGUAUUAAAAAGAAGCAUGUCGAAUUUGAAAGAGUUUAUCUACACGGCAAGGAGAAAUGGCACUCUUAGAACACAGUGCAUGAGCAAUCUUUCGAAUUUGCAUGUUUUACAUCAGUAUUCUGAGCUCUUCCGUCCGAAAGAAGACUACGACCCCUCUACUCCAAACGAAGUAGUCCCUGGAUACUCAAAUCUGCGACACUUAAUGAUACAUAUCAAUAUAUCGUCCGAUUACCCAUGGGAGGACAUUCACAUAAAACAUCCUCACGUCACUGACUUGAUGGUACAAAAAUAUGAUUGUUAA